AUGAGCACAACAACCACCAUUGCGCCUGCAAAGGCUAACAUCGGCGUCUACACCAACCCUGAGCACGACCUGUGGGUUGCAGAGGCAGAGCCCAGCCUCGAGGUUGUGCAGAGGGGUGGAGAUUUGGCAGUCGGCGAGGUUCUGCUGAACGUCAAGAGCACUGGUAUCUGCGGAAGUGACAUUCACUUCUGGCACGCCGGAUGCAUCGGCCCCAUGAUUGUAGAAGACACACACAUCCUCGGCCACGAGUCUUCUGGCGUGGUAAUGGCUGUGCACGAGUCGGUCAAGAACCUCAAGGUUGGCGACCGCGUCGCUAUCGAGCCCAACAUCAUCUGCCACCAGUGCGAGCCGUGCCUGACAGGGCGCUACAACGGGUGCGAGUCGGUCGAGUUCCUCUCCACACCGCCCGUGACGGGUCUGCUGCGCCGCUACCUCAAGCACCCGGCCAUGUGGUGCCACAAGAUGCCCGACAGCAUGACGUUUGAAGACGGCGCCAUGCUCGAGCCUCUCUCGGUCGCCCUCGCUGGCUUCGACCGCGCCAACGUCAAGCUCGGCGACCCCGUGCUCGUGUGCGGCGCCGGUCCCAUCGGCCUUGUGACGCUGCUCUGCGCGCAGGCUGCUGGCGCCGCUCCCCUCGUCAUCACCGACAUCGACCAGGGCCGGCUGGAGUUUGCACGCCGCCUCGUUCCGCGCGUGCUGACGCACAAGGUCGAGUUCAGCCACAGCGCGUCCGACUUCCGCGACGCCAUCCUCGGCCUCACCGAGGGCGUGGAGCCGUCGCACGCGCUCGAGUGCACGGGGGUCGAGUCGUCCAUCGCCGGCGCGAUCCAAGCGGUCAAGUUUGGCGGCAAAGUCUUCGUCAUCGGCGUGGGCAAGAACGAGAUCAAGAUCCCGUUCAUGCGGCUCUCGACGCGCGAGGUCGACCUGCAGUUCCAGUACCGCUACUGCAACACGUGGCCCAAGGCGAUCCGGCUCGUGGAGAGCGGCAUCAUCCAGCUGAGGGAUCUGGUGACGCAUCGGUUUAAUUUGGAGGAUGCGGUUGAGGCGUUCAAGACGGCGGCUGAUCCCAAGACGGGCGCGAUCAAGGUGCAGAUUCAGAGUCUGGGUGAUUGA